AUGGGCCACGUAGGCUCUUCAGACCCAUCCGGUACUGGUCAGGUGUCAUCCCAAGCUAAAUCCGCUAUCGCCGCCGGCGCAGCUGCUGCGGCCGGUAUGAAACGAUUCAAAUGGCAUCUGGGUAUCCGAUCACAAUCACGACCAUGGGACAUAAUGCACGAAGUGUUCAAGGCUAUGCACACAUUGGGCUACGAAUGGAAAGUAAUCAAUCCCUUCAAUGUGCGUGUACGUAAAUGGAAUCCGGUGUUGCAACAUCACUCCAAAUUGGUACUACAACUUUAUCAAGUGGAUACGCGAUCCUAUCUACUGGAUUUCAAAUGCAUUGAUGAGAGUCAGCACGACAGUGACUCGCUGCUUGUAAGACGGCGGUCCAAUAAUGUGUCCAUGUGUCUGGAUUCGUCCUAUACAGGAAUGGCGUUCGAUCCAGCCUAUGAUCAUUCCGAGGUCCCCAGCCAGGUAACCUAA